UGGUGGAUUGGCAGGGUCCGCCCCGCGAGCUGCGGGCUCCGCCUCCGCCUGUCCCUCUAGUCCCGGUGCAGCUGCUUCCGGGCUCUGCGGCUCCGGGCGGAUCCGCGAGGCCGCGGCCCGGACACUGGGCCCGGGAGGGGCUGCAGCGCCUGGACGCCUGGCUCCCCAGGCAGGCCCGCGUUUUGGCUCGCAACCGGGAUCUCUGAGGACAUCUGCGGCCUGACCUCGCGGAGACCGAGUCUCAGCUGCGUGCUCAGGGGCCGGUGGGGCCACUUUAUAGGGUUCAUAGCCCUCUGAAUCAAGGGACGAACGUUGCUGGCUGGAGUUUGCCGGAUACCUCUUCCCUCACUCACCUAACAAGAGACUUCUUCCUGAGCUGCCUUAGGGCAGCAGUUCAGGACUCUCCCGCUCCGGAGCACCUAGGACCCAGGGCCACCUUCCUUCCUUCCUUCCUUCCUUCUUGGAUGAACCUUCUUGGAUGAACCUCCUCCCCAGUUGCUGGGGCACCUUGGGGCGUAGGCUUGGUGAGUGAAACUUGGGGUGCUGCCUGCUGGGAAAGAAACCUGGAAAACAGGGAGGACACUGUGGGGGUGACCCAGGCUUUGUCAGAUCCUGAGACUUUUGCAAUCUUGUGUGCUGGGUGGUGGUGGUGAAUGAACUUGGAUGUGCCUUCCUUUACCUCAAAACUGUAAAGGAAACAAGCCGCUUGACACACUUGAGGCUGCAUGACCAUCCAGGGAAGUGGGGAGCCACUUCUGAAUUCAGAGUAGGACUCACCAGCAGAUACCUGUUCUUCUGAGCCUGAACAGACUGUGGCUUCUGAGGAAACCCUCAGCCCCCAAACCUGAGAGUCUAAGCAGUGCCAGGAAGCAGCCCCAGAAUUUGGGGGCUCAUUACACACCCCAACCAUGUUCUUGCGACAGCUUGGUGGCUGGCUACCUCGCCCCUGGGGCCGCUGGAAAUCAACGAGGCCUGACCUGCCCGCCCCAGAACCCAGACGGAUGGACAGCUCCUCUGAGAAUUCAGGGAGUGACUGGGACAGUGCCCCAGAAACCAUGGGAGAUCUGGGGCCUCCCAAGACCAAGGACUCAGGUGCACAGAGGAGCUCUGGGGCUGCUCCAGAACCAAGCAGGGAGUCCCAAGUUGAGCAACUGGGGUGCAAAAAAAUGGAUUCUCUCAAGUGGGACGAGACUGUCUCUAGCACUCAAGAGUCUGGGAGAUUGGAGGCUGGAAAGACCAUUCUCAAACUAGGAUGGGAUCCUGUGGACUCAGGUGGCACCAAGAAGCCUGGUGUGUCCCCUGAAGAGGGACUGAGCCCCCCUGGGCCUGAAGCCCCAGCGGAGAAGCCUGGCCAGUGUCAGAAGCUGCUGGGCUGGCUGCGGGGGGAAACAGGUGGGGGAGCAGGGGCUCCCUACCAGUACCUGGGGGACCCAGAGGAGUGCCUGCAGAUCUCCACCAACCUGACCCUGCACCUGCUGGAGCUCCUGGCCUCAGCCCUGCUAGGGCUGUGCUCAAGGCCCUUGCGGGCAGCCUUGGACGCGUUGGGCCUGCGUGGACCGCUGGGCCUCUGGCUGCAUGGGCUACUGUCCUUCCUGGCUGCCCUGCAUGGGCUCCAUGCCGUGCUGAGCCUACUUACCGCUCACCCCCUGCACUUUGCCUGCCUCUUUGGUCUUCUACAGGCCCUGGUGCUGGCUGUCAGCCUCCGGGAGCCCAGUGGGGAUGGGGAGGCCACUGACUUGGAGGGCGAGAAGUUGGGGAGGGAGGGUGAGGAGCAGAGGGGAGACCCAGGAAAGAGGCUGUGACCACGGGGUGGGGUGUGGCCCAGCGUCCCACCCUCAGUGGGUUGGGAGCAAGGGUGAAGAUAGUGUGGGGGCACGAUCCACAUUGUAAGCACAGGGACCUCAGGGAUGGGGCAGAAACCCCAGAGUAUGAGGGCACAGAGGCCCUGCCCCCCUUCACACACAGGAGAGCUGUUUAGGGUGUCUGUGUUUACGGACAGUGGGGGCAUUGGCCUUGAAUUCACCAGCUGUUGUUAAUUUUUGCUUUUACAUUUCUCCCACUUCCAGUUUUUUUUUUUCCCACCUCCGCUUUUUAAAAACCAAAAAAAAAAAAAAAAAAAAAAAAAAAGUGUGGUGGUGGAGAAUAAAGACUAAAGGGUCUUCUCUACCUUUCAAAACUCUCCAGGGGUGGAGGAGACUAGAGGCAAGACAGACAGACCUCUGGGUGGGGUAAGAGGGUGGUUGAGAGACUCAAUGGAUCCUGUGGAUCCUGUGAUCUGUGCUAUCUGGGAAAGAGUGGCACUGCUAGGUGGGUGGAUUAGGGGGUCUGGAUGGAGUUCCCACAGGUGAUGGGGAGCCUGCAGGGGGGAUCUGGGUGUUCCUAGGAGCCAGAGGGAGUGGGGAUGGUGCUGGCAGUGUUGGCAGGAGGGCCAGCUCAGAAGGGCUGGCAGCUCAUAGGAAGUAUGGGGAGCACUGGAGUUUGCAGACCCCACUGGGGGGUUGGCUUUGCUCACUCAGCAAUAAAUGUGUCACACCAAAUCCUAAAUACACCACUAAAAUUGAGAGUUACUGUCA